CUGCUCUCCCUCACUUCAGUAACGUGAAAUGUCGAGAGCAGCGUCUUGUCUGCGCUGGAUGCGCCUUGCCUCUCCUCGAGCGCGAACCUUGGCCUCGCAUGUCUCCCCGUCCAUCAAUCCAAACCCAUACCAAGUGUUCGACCGGAAUGCAAAGCGCCUCCAGAAAGACCGCUCGGCGAUGCGGGACGGAGGCGAGAGAAGCAGGACCGUCGACUACGUGCGCGAUGAGGUUGCAGACCGAAUGAUUGAGCGUCUGAUGGACAUCAAGAGGAAGUUCAAGACCAUUCUCGACGUAGGCUCCGGCCCUGGUCAUUUUUCCAAGUUGUUAGAUCCAGAAACGACAGAGAAGGUGGUGAUGCUGGACUCGAGUGAGAAGCUGCUUCACCGCGAUCCCGACUCGGAAUUUGAAGUUCAGGUAGAGCGGAUACACGCCGAUGAGGAAAAUCUGCUCAGAGUGGUCCCACCGAACUCGCAAGAAGCUAUAGUAUCCUGCCUCAGUCUGCACUGGGUCAACGACCUUCCUGGUGUCCUCGUUCAAAUCAGAGAGGCACUCCAGCCUGACGGCGUGUUCUUGGGAGCUUUAUUCGGAGGAGACACUUUAUUUGAGCUUCGCACCGCUCUCCAGCUCGCCGAGGUCGAGCGCGAAGGAGGCAUCUCUCCUCACAUCUCCCCAAUGACCGACUCUCGAGACAUGUCCAACCUCCUCGGACGCGCAGGUUUCACGCUGUUGACCGUCGACGUGGAUGAAGUGAAGGUAGCCUACCCAUCCAUGUGGGAGCUUAUGCAGGACUUGCGUGAUAUGGGAGAGAGCAAUGCUGUGAUCGGACGGCGGAACUAUAUACAUCGCGAUACUCUUGCAGCCGCAUCCGCCAUCUAUAAAGAGCUUCACGGACUUGAAGACGGGACGGUGCCAGCGACGUUCCAAAUUAUCUAUCUGAUCGGUUGGAAGCCCUCCCCGGAACAACCUCAGCCCCUCGAACGAGGCUCCGCAAAGAAAAGCCUCAAAGAGGUUUUAUGAUGCGACUCACGGUCGUACACGCCCUUUGCACACCGUCGUUCAAACUCGGCUAUUGCAGCUUUCGCCUCGUCCGCUUCUCCUUGCUCACCCGCCUCCUCCAAAGCGUGUGCAUCAAUGGUAAUCUCCUUGACCUCCUCUUCGCCUUCAGCCCCAUCGUCAUCUCCCU